AUGAAAACCAAUAAUUCUUUUCUUCUCUCUCCCACUCUCUCUUUCUUUUUGAGACAAAUUCUUUUCAGCCGCUCGGGUGACAAUUUGAACUUCAUUCCCAUUGUGGACAAUUAUAAAGUUGGACCCCAAAUAUUUGAAGGUUCUGAUUCGAGAAGGGCCAGUGACUCUGGGAAAAGUGACAGUCCCGUGCCCUCCUGUAGCCCUAGUUCCAAAUCAAGUAAUGGAGAGAAGUCUGGUCACCGUUCCCGCCGUGGUUCUUUUGAUGAGAAACGUGCUUCACCAAUCCGUCCAAGGACUCCAACUAACAGAUCCAUAAGCUUACUUGCUGAAAAGUCAACCAAUAGUCGAGAAUUUUCCUCUCGUCUUUCCUUACCAAAGACUGACAGUGAUAUUGACAUUGAUGGCCCUCCAACAAAACAACGAUCAAAACUGCCUCCAGAUGACAAUGUAAUUUUAUACAGCUCUCGCAAUAAUGAAACCGAUGAACUAAAGAUGGCAAAAUCCUCAGAAAUGAAUGCUGCUGCCAAACAGAAAGACUUGAAGACUGAAAGAAAAAUUGAGGAUUGGAAGAAACAUUGGUUUGUUCUUGAUGCAAAUUCCUUAAGAUAUUUUGAAGAUGCAAAAGCUGAAGAAAAUAAUGUUUUGGAUGGAAAAAUAGAUUUGUCAACAUGUUACUUGAUUGAAGAGGUUGAAGUCCUUCGUAAUUAUGGCUUCUCUAUCAAGAACCAAAAUGGAGAAUAUGUAUUGACAGCAAUGACUUCUGGUCUUCGAAAGAACUGGAUGCAAGCAAUAAAAAUCUGUGUUGAAAUGCUAAAUUGGAAAGAACCACCCAAAGGCCUCAGGCGGCACCAUUCUGAUAGCCAAAAGUCUGGUAGCAGUGGCACUGGCACCAGCAAUCUGGGUGGUGGCAGUAAUUGGCUUGCUCCAAUUGGCCGUUAUGUUGAAGGCAGUGAUAAUGCCCUCCUUAGUGGGGACCUGCACAAGAAGAAGCUUGAAAGAUCUGAAAACCGUUACCUGCCUCAUCGAACCAAGUCCCCAAGUGCCCGGGUUAAAGAUAAGACCCGCUCAAAGCUGCCCAAGCUUUUAUCCCCACCCCCUGAAACGGAGCAGCAGGGUUAUAAGAUUGACUCGUAUUCUGCUCAUGUUGAAUCUGGUUCUUCAGAGGAAUAUCAUCAUUCAGCAGGUUUGGAUCAUAAUGUUCCGUCAUUUAUGGAUUCUCCUGAAGACCACCCUGAUGGUUCAUUGUCUGCAGGGGAUGGGAUGCUCGUUGAUUUGCUCGAGACAGAGGAAAAUAUUUCUGCCUUUUUCUCUCUCUAUAUCUUUCUCUCUCUAUAUCUUUCUCUCUCUAUAUCUUUCUCUCUCUAUAUCUUUCUCUCUCUAUAUCUUUCUCUCUCUAUAUCUUUCUCUCUCUAUAUCUUUCUCUCUCUAUAUCUUUCUCUCUCUAUAUCUUUCUCUCUCUAUAUCUUUCUCUCUCUAUAUCUUUCUCUCUCUAUAUCUUUCUCUCUCUAUAUCUUUCUCUCAUACAUUUUUUAUAUAUAUAUAUAA